CCCCAAAACUUUUGGCACUCUUUUCUCAUAUAUAAGCUACUCCGGCUACUCAUUUGCUUCAUCAAACCACCACUUCUUGAUAUCUUACAUCCUACUGCUAUACUAUCAAAAGUGUCCCAUUUGUUUUUCUAUUUCUUUAACAAAAUGAGUUCAGCGAGCAAAGCUUGGAUGGUUGCAGCAAGCAUCGGAGCUGUGGAGGCAUUGAAAGACCAAGGUUUUUGUAGGUGGAACUAUGCAUUAAGGUCAGUUCACCAACAUGCCAAGACCCAUCUUAGGUCAAUCUCUCAGGCCAAGAACCUCUCUUCCUCUUCUUCUUCUUCUUGUGCCAUGGGUUCAAGCAAACUCAAGGAAGACAAGGCAAAGCAGUCAGAGGAGUCCCUAAGGAAAGUCAUGUACUUGAGUUGUUGGGGUCCUUACUGAGGAAUCUUUCUUCCAUUUAUCAUGUUGGAAGAGUUUUAGGAAACUGAUAGGAGUAAUCCAAUCUAAUUGCUGCUAAUUCAUGUAACUUGUAAAUUUCACUGAUUAUAAUUGAUGAUAUCAAAUUCGAGACUAA